UAAAGACUAAACUGUAUCUUUGUCGCGAAAACCAAUAACAGUCACGGAAGAAAGACAAUUGCAAGAUUUUGAGAAUUCUGAGAGUUUUUAUAUCGUAUUGCUCCCAGAAAGUCGUCGCAAAAGAUAUAUGUUACUUAGAAUGUAACCUUUAUGUAGCUGACUAUGUCUCAAAGUCAAAUAUCGUUCAACAUGUGCCGAGUGUCAUAGUCACCGAAGUAACCACAUGCUCUGAACUGUUGCAUGAUGUCAACAGUUUCUCACAAGAGACUGUGCGAGAUGUUGCGGUUUGAUAAUGGAUAUCGUUAACCUUCGCCAUAAGUUAAUGGACGCGACCAUCAGAAAAUAAAAACAGCGUCAGUUAAGUUAUGAGCAAGAUGUGUGAGGCUGAUGAGAAGGAGCUUUUGGUGUAUGUGUUCAGGAAAGACCCAACUAUUCUGGAGGAUUUACAAACACACAGCCUAAGGAAGGAAGUUGCUACGUUUAUUUUCCCCAAUUACAGAAGUGGAGAUGCUCACAGGUUGGUGAGGAGGCUUGAUGCUGUACACAAGGACAAUCUAAUUGAUUCUCAUAAAUGGACAGUUCCUCAAGAACAUGUUCUACUUGAUUCCCUUGUGAAAUGCUAUAUGAAUACGGCAGACUCCAUUAAAAUUUCAAGAGCUGUUGAAAAAGUUUGGCAGCCGUUCCUCGUAAAUCAUGGAGAUUACAUAAACAAUUGUUUGGAAAGUCAGGUGAUGUUGGUUAUAAACACUGGAGGGAAGGACAGUCUCCAGAUAGCAAAAGUUUCCAUGUUACUGGAGCAGAAUAAACUGGUUCAGGAAAUAUUCCAAAGAAAUUUGGAACAAGUGAUGACGUGGUUGUCAACAGAGUUGUCUGCCUUGCUGAAAUUACCUCCCAUUACAUUAACUCCAGGCCAGGCUCAGUGUGUGUAUGCAUUAGUAAAGAUCAGUUUACAGUUGUUUCAAGUAUGUCCAGAAGAACUUGGUGUUCAUAUUUGGGAAGUUAGUGAAAAAAUAUCUCAGUUCAGGCACUCUGUGAUAGUGGUUGUUGAAAGCCUUGUAUAUAUACUACAGACUCAGGGUUACCAUACAGAUUGUGUUCUGUUGUGUGGAACAGCCACAGCACUCAUGUUAAACUGCUGCAGAAAUGUGGAGAAAGCUGUAAAAUCCUUCCUAGUGAUACUGUACCAAGUUCUGUGUGCAGAUUCAACAUUCAGACAAGAACUAUUGGAACAGACAGAUCUGGAUACCAGGCAACAGAAAUCUGUACAUGAUGAUCUCAGUUUGCUGACCUCUUCCAGACUUGGUCCAAUAUCUUUAAUCCGAGGAGUGGUUGCUUGUGGCAGGACAGAUAUUCUAUUUGCUGAUUGUUCAGUCAAUAAAGGGACUUCACAACUAUUGUUUGAACAUUUGUUUGAGUACAUCUGUGUUCUAUGCAGAGGGGAUAUUACACUUCACUAUCAAGCUUUUCAAAUUCUCUUGCUUUGGUAUACAAAACUGACUAAAACUCCCUCCAGUUUAGAGAAGAUCAUUUCAACAAAUAAUAUUACCUCCACUUUAGAGAGUACCUUAGAGAUUGUGGUGCUGAACUGGGACAGUCCAGUAGAAGAUGUUCCUGAGGCUGUAGUGGACAUAUUCUCAUGUAUGAUGUCAGUUUGGGAAACAAUGAAAGAUGCUGUGCCAGAUUUUCCCAGUAGCAUAUUAAAGUUGUUGCUGAGUACACAGUGGUAUGUGAAAGGCAGGUACAGGAUACUGGCAGUUCUGCUGAAGUAUGUAGAUGCACAGAAGGUUCUAGAUGGUAACCCAGAAAUACAGGCUCAGUUACUGCAGUGUUUAACAACCAACCAUCUUGCAUCAUCAGCAACUAAUGUAUACAGGGCAUUUCUUCAGCAUUUAAAGAGUACCUUCUCUACAGAUAUAUGGAACACUUCCUGGUUACCAACAGUGAUAGAAGGUCUCGUCAGUGACAACAGUCUGCUGAGAUACAAUACCAGUCUUCAUUGGAUUCCUGUGACUUUUAAACUUUUACCAAUGACGUCUGCUGCAGUACAAGAUCACCUGUCUGCUAUAAUGGAAGAUCCUAAAAGCCCCAUCAGUAGAGUAAGAUUGCUCUGUGCAUGGAUUGUUGUAUCAAAAUCUGUCAGAACUAUAGCUGGUCAUACAAAUCUGUUUAACUCAAUGAGACGGAGUAGUCGGCAAAAAUCAGUUCCUAUACACAAAGUAAAAGCUGAUACUUCUGAGAGAGCUUUUUUAUUUUCAGAAUGUAUAUCUAAGAUAGAGGUUUCAUUACUGAUGGAGUGUUUACCAUACAAUAUUAAGAUAGACUCAGCACCAUUUAGACAACAUCUUGGGUCAGAUAUAAGGAAACUGCUGGUUCGUCUGAGAGACAGUUGUACAACCCUGCUGAAAUCACCCACCCAGAAUAAGGAUAAACUAGACUGUGCCCUGGAUUUUGUAGACUGGCUACACAGACUGUGUAUAGAGUUUUUGUUGCCAGGUGCCAGUUACCAGAGAAGAAAAGGCAGUCUAGACUUACUACAUGUUCUGUAUGAGAGCUUGAUAUAUUCUGCAAACAGUAAGCAGAGAAAAGGCUAUGUACCAGAAAGUGCUGAGAAACUUCUAGACUUUGCUCAUUCCUGUAAACGAUGGGAUUUCUUCUGUGCAGAAAAUACCCAGGCCCUCAUCUUGUGUCUACUGGAUGGUGCUGAGGAGAUUCAGACAUCUGCUUUUCUUCUACUCACUAGAUACUAUACAAUGUCCCUGGAUGACAACUUGAAGACCCCACACAGACUGUGCUGCCAUCUUCUGGCUGAAUCUCUCAGACUGUGUAAUAGCCCGAAAGGUCAUGAAGGUCAAUGUGGUGCAAUUUUGUGUAAACUAGUCUUUCAAAAGUAUGUCAUGGAAUCCAAGAUUGGUUUCAGUAUAUGCAGCAACUCUAGUUCUAAUGAUUAUAGUGUGUCUGCUACCCAGAAUGCGUCAGUCAACAGUAUAGUAGAGUUUCUGGAAAUGUUGUUGUCUGAAGUAGAGAGAUAUAUGUCUGAGUCAGAGAAAGACCUUGUUAAAGCAUCAAAGAAAUAUCCUAUCCAUGGUCUGAUAUCGGCUGUUACCCAGUGUUUGACAGAAACUAGUGACCUCUGGAUGACCCCAUCCCCUGAUCUGGUACACGUGUCAGAGCAGUUAGUCAAGUUAUGUCAACAAAUUAUUGAAAAGAUGCUCAAUAUAAUGGCUGGUGUAGCAGGACAAGAGGCAUGCCCAUCAUUUGCAGAGAUAGGAAUGGCACUAGAGAAUCUUCUGUCGGAGAACCAGACUGAUUAUGAGGAGACAACAUCUCUAUCCCCAGAGUAUCAGUACAUGUUGUCAUGGUGCUGGAAUAAUAUCAAGGGGAGUUGUACAAGUCUUGGAGAAGUGACAAAAGUUACUAUAUUGUCAGGAUUUCCAAUCUCUGUGGCAACUAUUCACUCAAUCAGUGCAACUUUUCAUACUGUACUUACCAAAUGUCGACAUAAGGGUGUUAUAGAAGGAUGUAGAAGUGCCUACAUCAAGUUUUGUUCUGCUCUGUUCCACAGUAACCAAAGAGAUAUUCUAUCAGUACCUGAAAUUGCAUUGACAGAGGUUUUGUCAAGCCUAAAGAACAGAAGUAUUUCCAGUUCUGUAACCAGAAGAUCUGCAGGUUUACCUAUCAUUAUACAAGCAGUUCUUGUCAGUGAGAAGAAAAUGAAGAAGACAUGCCUGUUGAGUAAAGCAGUGACAAGUUUGUUUGAGAUCUGCGAACUGCCUCUAGACAAAGACCUUGGUGUAACUGACCUUCCUCAAGUUCAUGGACUGAACAUUCUCAACUCAUUGUUCUGUGAUGCAAGCCUCACAGCGAGUCUGAUUGGUCAUACUAGUCAUGCUGUGAUCUUGGUCAUUCAGCAGUUUGGCUCACCAUCCUGGGCUAUAAGAAAUGCAGCUACAAGAUUUUUCAGCACACUUGUGACAAGGAUAUUUGGUCAGAAGAAAAGCCAUGGAGAUAAGUUCUGUAACUCUGUCACAUUCCAAGAGUUUAGCUCCUACUAUCCAGACUUACCUCCCUUUAUGUUGAAAAUAUUAGAUGAGGCAUCAGAAGGGGAUGUGAUGGACAUUAGCCAGAUUCAUGCAGGACUGUUCCCUGUAUUGACCCUCCUGUCUUGUCUGAAACCAAUGGAUACAGAGGACCAGGCUGUUGUGAGACAGCUGAGAAGGUUUCAUGCUCUCAUGCAACCAUUUCUAGGAAGUCCAGUGUACCAGCUGCGCCACCUGGUGGCUUCAGCUCUUGUUGCUAUGGUAACAGUCCAGGAUAUGACAUCGUCUGUGAUAUCAUGUUUACAUGAUCAUGUGACUUCACUGAAAACAUUCAACAAUAUUUGCAAUAACAGUCUACAUGGAUAUCUUAUUUAUAUACACGGACUGCUGGACUUCAUUGAUAGAUUAGAAGACCAGGAGAAGCUAUGGACUUUACUUACCAAAGAGACCUGGUUGAUAUCACAGAAUAAUGGAAUGGUUUCCUCAGUCUAUGUGAAGAUUUUACAUCGUUUAUUGAUUGACUGCCCAUCUGUAAUGUGUGAUGAAAUUCUAGAAUUUGUUAUUGUAGAGCAUUGUACAAGGGGAAGUAAACAGAUUAUAGGCAACAGUGUAUACUGUGAAGCAGCUGUAGAGUUUCUGUUUGAGAGCUACAACAGGAAUUCAUUAUGUCUGUAUGGUCUAGUAGAUAAACUAUUGACCUUUAACAAUGUUGAGGCUAGAAAGUCUUGUUUGGAGAAAUUACCGAAGUUCUUGGAGAAACCUGGAAAGAAUCAGCAAUACAAUAAAAUGGCAGUUAUGGCAAUCCUGUGUAACUGUGUGAAGAAAGAAAAUAAGCAGUGUUUAUGUACAGUUUUGAACUUGAUCAGUUCUUUGUAUCAAGAUAUUGGGACAAUUCAUAAAGAUGAUCUUCAUAACCUUGAAGACUGGUUCUCUAGUGUGAAUUAUGAAGAGUUAAAAAGUAGGGAUUCUAUCCUAGUUUCUGUGAUACCAGUCCAGGCAGUCCUCAUAAAACACAAGAUAGGAAGUGAUGGAAAUAGACUGUCUUCAACUGAUCUACCUGUAUUUUGUGAAAUUGUCAAUAGAUUUAGCUGUGCUGUCAAUGAGAGCCAGAGAUUGUCAGCAGUGAAAGCCUUACAAAUUGUAGGCAAACAUUUACUAGACUUGGCUGUUACAGAAAGCAGUCAAAACUGGCUGACAAGUUUGCUGGAGUCAGUUAUGGUCUUGGUUCAAGAUGAGGACACAGAUAUACGACUAGAAACCUGCAGAUGUGUGUCAUGUAUUAAUUGGGAGGAAAAACCUACACCGUUUUCCAGCUACCACAGCAAUGUGUGUUUUGAGUUAUUUCUGCAGUAUAUGUGUGACAAUUUCUGGGGGAAUUUACAAUGUGUACAGUUUCUAUACAAUCAGUUGACCUCUCCUGUCAGUCUACAGACACUGUUAGUGGAGAGGGAGUCGUCCAAGUACCAACAACUGUUUGAUCAGGAAGAUAACAGCUUCUUUGCUGAGAAAAUAUACAAUGCAUUUGAUAUACAUAAAUACUUAAAGGUGAUGUUGAAAAGGUGCAUAAAUGAAAAGAAGACAGACAUGUUGUCAAAGUGGACAAAUAGUGUGUCAUUAAAUCAAAUAAAAGAUGAAUUAGAGAACCUUACUUCUGUCUUACAGUCAAUACCUGGUGGGUCAGUAGUCAAUUUGUGCAGUGACAACACAGUUCUAUCCAGUAUUUGUACAUUUUUGCUUUCCUGUGAUAUCGUUGCUAUGGUUACCAACAGCCAAACAAUUCAAGCAGCCAUAGGAGCUAUAGUUCAGAUUGCAGUUUUCCAUCCAGUAUUGCAACAGAAGUUUGAAACUAUUCAUGCAGAGGCAUUUGCUGAUUCUUGAUGAACACUUCAAUUAGACGAACACUUUGUGGCAAUGUUAUUUCUAACCAAAGAAGUCAAAUGAUAUAUUUUGUUAAAAGAGUUGAAGAGUUAAAGAAACCACAGACCAGACAUUCUCUGACAAGUUCAUGUUACAGUGAAAUGAAUAGAAGAGGAGUUGAGGUAGUUUUGGCACCAUUUCUGUGUUCUCUUGUUGACACAGUAACUCAAAGGCUUCUUUUUUAUCAGACAACUGUAUUUAGCAUUAACGAGCAAGUUAAUUUGCUGUGGUUACUGUGGUUAUAAACAGAUUUGAUUUUUCACUAAACGGACUUACUGAGGCUGAGAUGUAUCCAUUACAUACGUAGAAUUUUAUGAAUUUUUUGUUACACAACAUCGAAAUAUCAUAGACUCACUUGACUUAAAAUGGACUGAUUCGUAACAUGCGGAGUUAAAGAAGGUUAUUAUAUAUUCAGUAAUUAUAUAAAUGAUAGAGAAGAUGAAAGUUUUAUAGUAUUUAUUACUUGGAACAUUUUUAUGAUGAUAGUAACUGUAUUGGUAUUGUUGAUGGUUUUGAUGUUGCUGAUGAUCAAUGUGUUGAGAAUGACUAGAUUGCUGAUGUACACUGUGCUGCUGAUGUACUGUGCUGCUGAUGUACUGUGCUGCUGAUGUACGCUGUGCUGCUGAUGUACGCUGUGCUGCUGAUGUACGCUGUGCUGCUGAUGUACACUGUGCUGGAUUGUUGGAAUAUACCAUAUGAAGAAGUCUUCUUAGAAGAUUAAAACAGAUAAUGUCCUGAUGCUGUUGUUGUUGUUAAUCAUGAUGAAAAUAAUAGCAGCAAUGCUGUUUUUAUGCUUCCAGAAUGGGGGAGCAUAUAGGCAUUACCUUGUCCGUCCGUUGGUCAGACUUCUUGUCCGGAGGAUAACUAAAAAAAGUAUUGAAGAUCCCAAGUUGUAACUUUAUACAAUGAUAGAGCUGAUUGAGAGGAAGUGCAGUGACAAGGAGCCAUAACUCUAGGUGGUAACAUUUUUUAAUUUUCUCCCUUGUUUUGAAAACAGCUCGAAUACUGUGUAAGGUAUUGACUUGAUACUCUAAAUUUUGAUAGAUGCCAGUGAGAGUGCAGUGACAAAGAACCAUAACUCUAGGUGGUUCCACUUUUAUCCAACCUUUUUGAAAUGUGUAUUAUGUGAUGGCACGUGUGUCCGUUCGUCAUAAUUCGUGUCUGGAGCAUACUUUCAUGACUAUUAAAGGUAUUGACUAUAAACUUGACUAUAUGGCAGAUGGCGAUGGGAGGAUGUGCAGAGUCGUUUAUGCGUUAAGGUCAUAAAUUGAACUCAAAAGGUCAAACCUGUCCCUCGUAAUUAACUUGGUAACCAUUCAAGAUGACUUCAAAUUUGGCAUGUACGUAGGUAGUGAUGGGACGAUGUGCAGAGAACAUGAUUUUAGUCUAGGUUUAAGGUCAAGGUCACAAUCUGAGCUCAAAGGUCAAAUCUGUCCGUCAUGUUUAGUGUCAGGAGCAUAACUUCUUAUCCAUUCAAGAUAUAAUUAUUGAACUUUGGAUGUAGGUAGGUGGUGAUGAGACGAUGUGCAGAGUGCAUGAACUGGGUUGUAGGUCAAAGGUCAAGGUGAAAUCUGCCCAUCAUAUUUCGUGUCCAACUUAAAUAAUAACAACUUAAAAAUAUUAAAGGUGUUUACUUGAAACUUGAAACAUAUAGGAAAUGUGCAAACGACAACAGUCUAAAUUACCCGCCACACAUCCCUCGAUCCCACACAAAAAAGGGAAAAAUCCUUUUUAGUUUCUUGCCCUUUAUUAUAUAUAUAUAUAUUUUAUUUAAUGUGGGCUUGAUUCUACUUGUUUUGCACCAUGCAGCUAUCUUAUAUACUGUAUUAGGAAUUAUAUUGGGCCUCCAGUUUUUUGAGGGAAUGCUUGGACGUAUCUUCCUUUGGAAUACCUGUAAUUAUACCUUCAGUGUUUGUAACUGACAAUUUUUCUGACAAAUGAUUUAUAGCUUCAAAAGAAUCUGGUUUAUUCCAAGACGUUUAGUAUAAAGAAAUAUGCCCCGAAUUCAGAAGUCCCUUUACUUUGUUUUUUUUAUCUCAAUCUAUCUACUAGUAUAUAAUAAUGUCAACUCCUCUCUCGAGUGUUUUAGACAUGACAAAACGUUUUUUAGGCAUAUUAUGUAAAACUGAUUGCGCUUCUUUGUAAUUUAUUGGUCCUUCAACAUAAUUUGAUUAUGGUCGACGUAUUCAACAAAUUUUGGUUUUGACAAAGCUUUUCAUAGAAAUAUGCAGUCUGUUUGAGUAUUUUUGCCAUUUAGUGUUUUACCGACUUCUUUUUGUUACAUUCAACAAAUUUUGGUUUUGACAAAGCUUUUCAUAGAAAUAUGCAGUCUGUUUGAGUAUUUUUGCCAUUUAGUGUUUUACCGACUUCUUUUUGUUACAUUGUUUUUGAAAUAUAACUUUUUGUUGCUGAAGUAUGAA